AUGCGGUCCCUCUUCUCGCGGCACGCGCGCCACCCCGCUACGCCGCCUCCCCCCUCUUUCUCCGGCGGCGUUGAGACCCCUCCUCGUCGCCGCAUCUCCAAGGAGAACGUCGACCCCUCCUCCCCGGCGCGCAACUACCACCACUCCGCCCUCGACCACGGCGCCUCCCCCUUCCGCUCCCCGUCCUCCGCGGCCAAACCUCUCUCCUCCCGCAACCGCCUGCCACCGCGUCCGCCGUCCUCUAACCCACUAAAGAGGAAGCUCGAAGUCUCCUCUGCGGCGGCCGCGGCGGGCCCCACGCACGACGCCUCGCCCGGGCCCGACUCCGGCGUCCAGGUGGUGGUGAGGAUACGGCCGUCGUGCUGGGUCGAUGAGGAGGAGGCAGGCGAGGAUGGGCGGGGGCCGGAGGCCUGCGUGCGCAAGACGGCGGCCAACUCGGUCGCGAUCCAGGGGCAGGACUUCACGUUCGAUGCUGUCACUGACUCGGCCUCCACGCAGGAGGAUAUCUUCACCCUUGUUGGGCUGCCACUUGUUGAAAAUUGCUUAUCGGGUUUCAACAGCUCCAUAUUUGCCUACGGACAGACUGGCAGUGGGAAAACGUACACUAUGUGGGGGCCUCUAUCUGCAUUGUCAGAAGAUUCAGUGAGCAGCCAGAGGGGCUUGACACCUCGUGUAUUUGAGCAGUUGUUCUCCCGCAUUAAUGAAGAACAAGUUAAACAUGCAGAUAAAGAGCUAACUUACAAUUGUGUCUGCUCGUUUCUCGAGAUCUACAAUGAACAGAUAACUGAUUUGCUAGAUCCCUCACAGAAGAAUCUUCAGAUUAGAGAGGAUGUCAGAACUGCCGGUGUUUAUGUUGAAUCAUUGACAAAGGAGUUGGUUUUCACCAUGAAGGAUGUAACUCAGUUGUUGGUUAAGGGCCUGGCAAACCGGAGGACAGGGGCAACGAGCGCAAAUGCUGAUAGCUCACGCUCGCAUUGUGUUUUUACGUGUGUCAUUAAGUCGGAUUCUAAGAAUCCAGAGGAUGGCUCAAGCAUCACAAGAUCAAGCAGGAUAAACUUGGUAGACCUUGCUGGAUCAGAGCGACAAAAACUAACACAUGCAGCUGGGGAUCGAUUGAAAGAAGCUGGAAACAUAAACCGUUCACUUUCACAGCUUGGAAACUUGAUUAAUAUACUUGCAGAAAUAUCGCAGUCCGGAAAACAAAGGCACCAUGUUCCAUAUCGUGAUUCCAAGCUCACAUUUCUAUUACAAGAAUCCCUUGGAGGCAAUGCCAAACUGGCAAUGAUUUGUGCUGUUUCACCAUCCCAAAGCUGUAAGAGUGAAACGUUAAGCACACUUAGGUUUGCCCAACGUGCAAAAGCUAUAAAAAACAAUGCCGUGGUUAAUGAAGAGAAAGUUGAAGAUGUAAAUGCGCUGCGUGAGCAAAUCAGGCAAUUGAAGGAUGAACUUCACCGAAUGAAAUCUAAUGGAUGCAUAGAAGGGAAUAAUGGCAGCUUUGCCACUGGAUGGAACCCUCGGCGCAGUUUGCAUCUGUUGAAAAUGAGCUUGGGUCAUCCUGCAACAUUCCAAUGUAUAAAAGAAGAUAGUGAUGAGGAAAUGGAAAUUGAUGAGAAUGAUGUUGAGAAGCCCUACAAUCAUGAAAAUAUUGCAAUGUCUCCUAUUAACGUUAAAGAAGACUCCAAAAGUUUACAAGCUUCUAUGGAUGUAAGUGCUGGAACUUCACAUGAUGAAGAUCUUGAUAGGGAUAAGAAUUUGAUAUCCAUAAAAAGGUCCUGCUGUAGUGCUAAUAAAUUUAACACUGGUACUGAUAUUGGAGAUGGAAAAUGCAAAUUAAACAUUGCCGCCAGUAUACAGAGGGGACUUCAAGUCAUUGAAAGUCACCAAAACAAUAGUGCAUGGAGGAGAGCAUCGGUUGGAUUAAAUGCUAGAAUCAUGGAUAUUCAACCUUGCAAGGUUGAUGUUGCAAUUCAGACUGAUCCUGAAGAAUAUGAAACCAGAGAUAACCCUCUAGCUCUGAUUCCUAGUUGUCUGCUUGAAGCUUCUGCAACUGAGAGUAGGGAUCCCAGUGCUUGCAGAGACCUACAACUAGUACCAGCUGAUGUGACAGUACCAUCUGAUGACCAAAAGCAGCGACAUUUUCUGAAAGCUGUGGAGAAGGUCUUGGCUGGAGCUAUCAGGCGAGAGAUGGCACGUGAUGAACAGUGUGCAAAGCAAGCUGCAGAAAUUCAACAACUGAAUCGUCUGGUGCAACAGUAUAAGCAUGAACGCGAAUGUAAUGCUGUAAUUGCACAAACACUUGAAGGAAAAAUUGCUAGGCUUGAGAGUCUCAUGGAUGGAACUUUACCAACUGAAGAAUUCAUGAAUGAAGAGUUUUUAUCACUUACGAAUGAGCAUAAGAUCCUCCAAAAGAAAUAUGAAAACCAUCCUGAUGUUUUGCAUGCUGAAAUUGAGUUGAAGAGACUCCAGGAGGAAUUGGACAUGUUCAGGAAUUCUGGGGACGAGAAAGAAGUUCUACAGGAGGAGAUACAAGAUCUGAAAAAUCAGUUGCAUUACAUGCUUUCAUCUUCGUUAUCAAUCCGUAGAUUCUGGCCUCCAGUGCCAUUGUGUCAGGGAAGUAAUUCUGAACCUGGAACAAAAGAUAAAGAUGGAGAUACUAAUUUUGGGGACACUCCCAAUUGGACUGAAGCUGAGAGUAAAUGGAUUACACUCACAGAAGAGCUUAGAGUUGAACUUGAAGCAGCAAAAUCCCUUGUUGGAAAGUUGCAGUUAGAACUGGAUUCUGAGAAGAAAUGCUCAGAAGAACUAAAGGAGGCAGUACAAACAGCUAUCCAAGGAGCUGCAAGACACCUGGAACAAUAUGUUGAUCUUCAAGAGAAUCAUUUUCGUUUGCUUGCUCUGCAUAGGAGGAUGCGUGAGGGUGUUGAGGAUGUGAAGAUGAGGGCAGAAAAGGCCGGUAUCAAAGGUGCUGAAUUGCGGUUCAUCAACUCCCUUGCAGCUGAAAUCUCAGUCCUAAAAGCUCAAAAUGAAGGCCUUCAGGGCCAGCUAAGGGAUACUGCUGAAGCUGUUCAGGCAGCUGGUGAAUUGCUUGUUCGGUUGAAGGAUGCAGAGGAAGCAGAAACACUAGCCAAGAAGCAGGCUUUAGUGGCAGAGCAAGAGACAGAGAAAGCUUAUCAGGAGAUUGACAACCUGAAAAAGAACUACGAUCAGGAAAUCCUUGCCCUAAAGCAGCGUCUCACAGAGUCCUCUCAGUGCAAGGACGAUACGGUACAGCCACAAGAACCGAACAAUCUUGAGCCUCCUAGGUAUGACACAGCUGGUAGCCCCAGUGGGCAGAAUUGGAAGGAGUUCAAUACCUUGCAACAAGGUGGAUCAUUUGAGGUCUCCAAUAGCACGGACCUCAACUCGUGGUUUUAUGGAUACGACAAAUGUAACAUUUGA